AAAAUAGUAUCGGAGUGUUGUCCCAAUCAACUGAUAUCAACUCGUCUCUUCGCUGUCUUUGGAUAUCCAAAAAUCUGCAUAUUCCUCCUCUGUGUCCCCUUACAUUUCUCCUUCACUUUCCCGGGAAAAUAGCCGAGAAAAUUAAAAUAAAAUUUAGUGGUGGGGGUGGUAAAAGAAAGAGAAUGUACUCGGCGAUUCAUUCUUCUCUUCCUCUAGAUGGAAGCUUGGGAGACUACUCUGACGGAACUAAUCUCCCCAUCGAUGCCUGUUUGGUCCUCACCACUGACCCCAAGCCCCGCCUUCGUUGGACCUCUGAGCUCCAUGAAAGAUUCGUUGACGCCGUCACUCAGCUCGGCGGACCCGACAAAGCAACGCCCAAAACUAUAAUGAGGACAAUGGGAGUGAAGGGUCUCACUCUCUACCACCUCAAAUCUCAUCUUCAGAAAUUUCGUCUAGGGAGGCAAUCCUGCAAAGAAUCAAUUGACAACUCCAAAGAUGUUUCUUGUGUUGGGGAGAGUCAGGACACAGGCUCAUCGUCAACAUCAUCGUUAAGAAUGGCUGCUCAGGAACAGAACGAGAGUUACCAGGUCACUGAAGCUUUGCGUGCCCAGAUGGAAGUCCAAAGAAGACUACACGAGCAAUUAGAGUAUGCGCAGGUGCAAAGGCGACUCCAGCAAAGGAUCGAGACGCAAGGAAAGUACUUGCAAUCAAUUCUAGAAAAAGCUUGCAAGGCUAUAGAGGAGCAAGCUGUUGCGUUCGCUGGGCUAGAGGCGGCAAGAGAAGAGCUAUCAGAGCUAGCCAUAAAGGUCUCCAUCUCCAAUGGAUGCCAAGGAGGAACAACAACAAACACCUUCGACACAACCAAAAUAACAAUCCCAUCUUUAUCCGAGCUUGCAGUAGCAAUAGAGAACAAGAACAACUGUUCAGCAGAGAGCUCUCUGACUUCCAGCACCGUAGGAAGUCCAGUUUCAGCUGCGUUGAUGAAGAAAAGACAACGAGGAGUGUUUGGAAACGGGGAUUGUUUGGUUGUGGGUCAUGAUGAAGCUGGAUGGGUUAUACCGAGUAGUAGCGUUGGAUAGAGAGAGAGCGAGAGAAAAUUUUAGCUUAAUUAUUUGCUUUGUUGUUGUAUUUAACUUUAAAACUUCGUAAUCAAACCUCUCCGCAAUGGGGAACACUUGGUGUGUUCUUAGCCCAUUAAAAUUAUAAAUAUAAUGAAUAGUGGCAUAAGAACAUGUUGUCUA